AUGUCUUCCUCCCUGCCCUCGUUUAGAUUGAAUACUGGGGCUCAGAUGCCCCUCCUGGGCCUAGGAACAUACAGGCUGCAGGGUAAGCAAAUGCACCGGAGUGUUGACGCUGCACUCGGGGAAGGGUAUCGUGCCUUUGACACUGCUGCAGUGUACGGCAAUGAAGCAGACUUGGGCCAUGCCCUGUUGGACCUGAUGCCCAAACACAACCUGACCAGAGCAGACAUCUUCCUCAUCAGUAAGCUGUCCCCAGCGGACAUGGGCCCGAAGGCCAGAGAGGGCUGUGCUCGUAGCCUGGAGAGGCUGGGGCUAGGGGGAUACAUUGACCUGUACCUCAUCCACUGGCCUGGAACUGAGGGUCUGGAACCAGAGGAUGAGAGGAAUGCACAGCAUCGAGCCCACAGCUGGACUGUCUUUGAGGAGCUCCAUGCGAAUGGGAUGCUCAGAGCAAUUGGGGUCUCAAACUACUCUCCAAGGCACCUGAUAGAGCUGCUGGAGACCUGCAGGGUGCGCCCUGCCGUGCUGCAGGUACAUUAAUGCCCUCAUGAUUUGUUGAAGUGGUUUUAUAUUUCAAAUUUGACACAAACAGACCAUAGUUUAAAUCUAUUUGGAUUUAGCUUAGCCAAGGGCACAGCUGCUGUUGGUACAUGGCCUGGGAUUUGAACUAUUAUUUUAAUGUAUUUUUUACCCUUCUUCAGGUGGAGUUCCAUCCCAGACUGGCACAGAGGGAGCUCAGGGGGAUUUGCAGGGACUCAGGAGUUUGCUUCCAAGCGUAUUCAUCCCUGGGGAAAGGUGCCCUGUUGUCGGAACCAGAAGUUGUUGCUAUGGCGAAGGGGCAUGGCAGAACUGCCUCCCAGGUGCUCUUGAGGUGGGCCACUCAGCAGGGUGUGGCUGUGUUACCCAGGUCCGCACGGCCCGAGAGGGUGAGAGAAAAUGGGCAGGUGUUUGACUUUGACCUGGAUGAAGGGGGAAUGGAGAGACUGUCUGACAUGGACAGUGGAACAAGGUUCUGCAAAAGAGAUCCCACUAGUGUGGUCUAG